AAUUGUGCCGUCAAGAGGUAUUUAUGCACAUUAAAACUUUUAUCGUCGACGACAUGGCUGCUAAUCCUUCAGGACCAGUCUUCCCGAACAAGGCCAGAGUACAAAUCCUGGCCGAGCUGGAGAAAGAGAGGAAACGGUUAAUGCAGAAUCAGUCCAUCAGCACUCCAGGAGCCAGCAUUUCAAUAUCCCGUCACAACAUGAAGGACUUCCGGGAUAGUGCAGAGCAGCAGCACAUUGUUGCCCAGCAGAAAGCAGCCUUGCAGCACGCGCACACACACUCGUCAGGCUUCUUCAUCACUCAGGACUCGUCAUUCGGUAACCUCAUCCUCCCUGUGCUGCCACGCCUGGAGCCCGAGUCGUGACCCUUUCACACGUGUGCAGAAAAGCUCACGUCUCACUUCCAAGUUUCACCUUUGGGCUCUGUCAUAUGUGGACACCUAUUUAUCCUUGCAACAAUCUCAGGGGAGUUGGAAUGCAUUUCAGUUAUUUAUAAGGAAGAAAAAAAAUCUUCCUCAACACGUGUAACACUGGGAUUUUGUGCUGUAUACUGUGUAUGCAUAUAUGUGACGUCUGUCAUGGCACUAAUCACAUCAUCUUUAAAUAUGGGGCUCAUUUCUUCCAUCUCAAGUGAAUUGUUUAUAAUGCUGUUUCAAACAUUAAAAAGCAAUCUGGUG